CCCGGGGCUGCUCCGCGCGGGGCACGCCGGGAGCGGCGGCUCCGCCACCCCGUGACCGGUUCCGGGCGGCGGUCAGGUGACCGCCGGUGUCACAUGACGGCGCGCGCUGGAGCCGGAAGCGGGAGCGGAGUUGUUGCCGCCGGGGGUGAUGCCAUGGCUGCUGCCAGUUCCAGCAGGGCCAGGGCUGGGCCGCCCAGCGAGAAGUCUCAGCUCUCUGUGAAAGUGGUGUCUGUGAAGCCCAAGGUGCAGAGCCGCCCGUCGCGGAUGAACUGCUUUGUGGAGGUGGCAGGUGAUGGCCUGCCCAGCGAGACCAAGAAGACUGGGAAGCAGAUGGGGAGCUCUGAGCUGCUCUGGAACGAGAUCCUCAUCGUGAAUGUCACAGCUCAGAGCCACUUGGACCUGAAGGUGUGGAGCUGCCAUACCCUGUGGAAUGAGCUGCUGGGCACCGCCUCUGUCAGCCUCAGCAGCCUCUUGAAGAGCGGUGGGAAAUUGGAGAACAGGCAGCUGACCCUGGACCUGCAGACGGAGAACAAAGGCAGCGUUGUCUCUGGCGGGGAGCUGACGAUUUUCCUGGACGGGCCUGCUGUUGAUCUGGGAAGCCUGCCCAAUGGCAGCGCCGGGACGGAGGGGUCCCAGCUGCCUGGACGAGAGCCCAGCAACGUGGCUGCAGCUACAGAGGGCAGACACCAGCCUCCUAGUACAAACUGCUUUGGAAGCAGACCAAGGACACACCGACAUGCAGCUGGAGUGGCCAGGCAGAGCUCAGGGAGUGGAGAGCAAAGUCCCAGCACCAGGAGCCGGCACCGGCAGCAGGCCAAGAGCACACAGCACACCAGCAUGGCCAAUGGCACAGCCAACGGCACAGUGAACGGGGAUGCAGCAGGUGCUGCAGACACCGAAGAGGAGAGGCCAGUGGUGGGAGCGAGCGUUACGAGCCCUGCAACGUCCAGCACAGCCGACAGCUCUGUUGCUCCUGCCCUUCCUGCUCUGCCCAGCUCUGGAGAGGCAGAAGAGGCAGCCCCCAGCUCCAGUGCCCCACCAGCCCGGGCAGCAGUGCUGGCCCUGGAUGCUCUGCCCCCCGGGUGGGAACAGCGUGAGCUGCCUAAUGGUAGAGUCUACUAUGUAGACCAUAAUACCAAGACCACCACGUGGGAGAGACCUCUUCCUCCCGGGUGGGAGAAACGUGUGGAUCCUCGGGGCAGGUAUUACUACGUAGAUCACAACACCCGGACCACCACAUGGCAGCGUCCCACGGCCGAGUAUGUCAGGAAUUAUGAGCAGUGGCAGUCCCAGCGAAACCAGCUCCAAGGAGCCAUGCAGCAGUUCAGCCAAAGAUUCCUUUACCAGUCAUCUGGAGCUCCAUCCGACAAUGAUCCUCUUGGUCCCCUUCCUCCUGGCUGGGAGAAGAGACAGGACAAUGGGCGAGUCUAUUACGUGAACCACAACACACGGACCACACAGUGGGAAGACCCCCGCACGCAGGGGAUGAUCCAGGAGCCGCCGCUGCCGCCCGGCUGGGAGAUGAAGUACACGAAUGAAGGCGUGCGCUAUUUCGUGGACCACAACACUCGUACCACCACCUUCAAGGACCCACGACCUGGAUUUGAGUCUGGGAGCAAGCAAGGUGGCUCCCCGGGGGCAUAUGACCGAAGCUUUCGUUGGAAAUACCACCAGUUCCGCUUCCUGUGCCAUUCAAAUGCAUUGCCCAGCCACGUGAAGAUCAGCGUUUCCCGGCAGACGCUCUUUGAGGACUCCUUUCAGCAGAUCAUGAACAUGAAGCCGUACGACCUGCGCCGUCGCCUCUACAUCAUCAUGCGAGGAGAGGAGGGCCUGGACUAUGGGGGCAUUGCUAGGGAGUGGUUCUUCCUACUGUCCCAUGAAGUGCUCAACCCCAUGUAUUGCCUUUUUGAGUACGCUGGUAAGAACAACUACUGCCUGCAGAUCAACCCUGCCUCCUCCAUCAACCCAGACCACCUCACCUACUUCCGCUUCAUUGGCCGCUUUAUUGCCAUGGCUCUGUACCAUGGGAAGUUCAUUGACACGGGCUUCACACUGCCCUUCUACAAGCGGAUGCUGAACAAGCGGCCCACACUGAAGGACCUGGAGUCCAUCGACCCCGAGUUUUACAACUCCAUUGUCUGGACCAAGGAGAACAGCCUGGAAGAGUGUGGCCUGGAGCUGUACUUCAUCCAGGACAUGGAGAUCCUGGGCAAGGUGACCACCCAUGAGCUGAAGGAGGGUGGUGAGAGCAUCCGGGUGACAGAGGAGAACAAGGAGGAGUACAUCAUGCUGCUGACAGACUGGAGGUUCACACGAGGUGUGGAGGAGCAGACCAAGGCUUUCCUGGAUGGUUUCAAUGAGGUAGUGCCGCUGGAGUGGCUGCGGUACUUCGACGAGAAGGAGCUGGAGCUGAUGCUGUGCGGCAUGCAGGAGAUCGAUAUGAACGACUGGCAGAAGAAUACCAUCUACAGGCACUACACCAAGAACAGCAAACAGAUUCAGUGGUUCUGGCAGGUGGUUAAAGAGAUGGACAAUGAGAAGAGGAUUCGGCUGCUGCAGUUCGUGACCGGGACCUGCCGCCUGCCUGUCGGGGGCUUUGCGGAGCUCAUUGGCAGCAAUGGGCCCCAGAAAUUCUGCAUCGAUAAAGUUGGCAAAGAGACGUGGCUGCCGCGGAGCCAUACAUGCUUCAACCGCCUGGAUCUCCCUCCCUACAAGAGCUGUGAACAGCUGAAGGAGAAGCUGCUUUAUGCGAUUGAGGAGACGGAAGGAUUUGGACAGGAGUGAUGGAGCCUUGGUGCUUUCCUGGGAUGGGGAGGGCCCUGGAGCGCUCGGAGCCCAGCGCCGAGCCCCCUCCGCGGGAUGGUGCGCAGGCAGCUGCGGACGCCGUUGCUUUUGUUCCCGUGUGAGGUCUGCGCCGACGCAGCCCUGGGGGGGACAGGUCCAUGUGUCUCUCCCCAGACAAAUCUGAGGUGUGGCGGGAGGUGGACGCAAGAGCCUGGUGAGGGGCAGGCGCUGGCGCGGAGGGGACAGGGUGAAGCCCUGAGCCUUGGCAGGCAGCACAUGGUGCACUCAGGCUCCCGAGUCCCCGCUCGCAGACACGCUGAGAUGAGAGCUGGUUCUGGCACAGGCUAGUUUUCCCCCUCCUGAUGUUUUCUGCUUUCUCAUUGCGUUUUAGUAUGUGCAGGCAAGGAGGGAAAGUGAAAUGGCCCUCAUAGUAACUCUCAGGUGGUAUUCGGGCCCCAUCCUGCUCCCAGCAAACUGACAGGGAGCCCCCAGUUGAUGCUGCUGUGGCUGAUGCACCACACGAGGGCUGGCACAGACUCUUCUCACACUAGACCUGUGGCUGCCUGGACCUGGGCUCUGGCUGAUCAUGUUCAUUGCGUGUUUCAGUUUGCAGGCAUGUGGCCCUGUGCAGUUGUAAUGAAUAGUGAAGUGGUUUGGUGCUGGGAGCUGGUGCUCUGCAGCAGCCUUGGGGGCUCUAGCCACGUUUGGGGCACAUCUGGCCUUUGCCUGGUUGGUGGGUUCAGCCCGAUCUCCCUGUGUUCCCUCCAUCGCUGGCCACACUGGUGGCAGGAGCCACCAGAGCUGCAGGCGAGGGCAGGAUCAGGCCUCUGCCCCUCACCUGGAUGCCACCUCUGCUGCUGCUCCCUCCCCACCUCCCCAGUGUGCACGGGGAGCCGGACCCAGAGGGGCGCUGGUGUACAGAGCUGUCCAUGGAGGGAGGCUGCAGAGCUGGGACGCUGCCAGAGCUGACUGGUGACCGAUUGUUUUGUACCACACCAUCCUGCCUCAGCCACCCUACUUCUUGUGCAAUAAACGAUGAGCAGCUGCCGA